GAAAAGUGAGAAAAACGAGAAGUCAUGAAUCUUUUAUUGCCAAUGACACUUACCUGGAUGUCAACGUUGACGUGGUUCCUGAAGGAGGUAAUCGCUGCCACUGACAAUGACACCGAUUACAUAAUCGACGAUAACCUUGAUUACGAAAACGAAACUAAUUGUACAAAUGCGUACUGUAUCUCGGACGAGGAGUACUUCGAGCGUAUGGAAAAUUAUAUAUUUCCCGAUCCGUACACCUGGGUACUCAUCGCCAUGCACAGCGUGGUCUUCGUCGUCGGGCUCGUCGGCAACGCCCUGGUCUGUCUGGCCGUAUACAGAAACCAUUCCAUGAGGACGGUUACGAAUUACUUCAUCGUGAAUCUCGCCGUGGCUGACCUCCUGGUGAUUCUUAUAUGCCUGCCGCCGACGGUGGUAUGGGACGUCACGUCGACCUGGUUCCUUGGGUUGCAGCUCUGCAAGGCGGUCCCGUAUUUGCAGACUGUUUCAGUGAGCGUGAGUAUCCUGACGCUUACUUUCAUCUCCAUUGAUCGAUGGUACGCCAUAUGCUUUCCAUUGAGGUUCAAGUCGACAACGGGUCGUGCCAAGACUGCCAUUAUCAUCAUCUGGCUACUGGCACUUCUCUUUGAUAUCCCGGAAUUGUUAGUCCUUCAAACCGUACCAGCCGCUCAUCUACGCGUGGAGACCGUGUUCUUUACGCAGUGCGCGCCAUCUUGGAGUCAAAGGAGCGAAGCUACCUUCACGAUCAUUAAACUGAUUUUGCUCUAUACGGGACCGUUGAUCUUCAUGAGUGUCGCUUAUUGGCAGAUCGUUCAGGUCUUGUGGAGGAGCGACAUUCCUGGACAUAAUUUGUCGGCGAGGAUUUAUCAAGUAAACGGAAUUCCGUCCAGCGGUGGUGGCAACCCUGAAGGUCAAUUACGCUCGCGUAAAAAGGCCGCCAAAAUGUUGGUAGCCGUGGUCGUCAUGUUUGCCGUCUGCUACAUUCCUGUUCACGUAAUCUCGGUUCUCAGGCACACAAUAGGACUACCGUCUAAUACCUUGACCAUUACGGCCAGUCUUCUCGCUCAUUGGCUCUGCUAUGCCAACAGCGCUGUCAACCCUCUGAUCUACAACUUUAUGAGCGGUAAGUUCCGGCAGGAGUUCAGACGCGCUUUUCUGGAAUGUGUACCAGCCAAUGACGUCAUCCCCGGAAGAAGAGGUACAAGACCCAGCAGCUAUCGUCCAACUACAAACGGAUACCGUUUGGCUCAAAGUCGACGGGACCUAUGACCGACAGUAAGGCGGGUGACCUGGGCAAAAGGAUCAGCGAGUAUCCCCACGUGUGAGAUCAGCGAGACCAAUCUUGGAGGCACCGUAGAUCAUUCAGAGAGGAUUCAAUUUUCGUACAGGACUUACUUUUAGAAGGGUGAAAUAGAGAGACAGAGAGAGAGAGAGAGAGAGAGAGAGAGAGAGAGAGAGAGAGAGAGAGAGAGAGAGACCCAUUCAUUCUAUUGUUAGAGUCUAAAAUGACGUUUUAUGUAAUUUAAGGAGAUUGAAGGAAGAAGAAUGUAAUUUAAAAAAAGAAUGCUAAUCUUCGUAUUUUUAUUUUACCAAAGAAAGAAUUUUGUGCGAGGAUUAACCAAAAAGAUAAUCUAUAUUAUUUAAUAUUUUUUUGGAUUAUGAGGAAGAGUCAUGAAUGUUCCUGUUAUCCAAUAUUUUGUAUUACCUGUAAAAUAGCUGUGACUCGAAAUGUAAUUCUCUGUGUUCUAGAUUAGGGUUUCUAUUAGGGAAACUGCUUGUAUGCUAACGCGAUACGUCUAUAAUAAUUUUAAUGACAUACUUUAAAGGGCGUAACUGACGAAAAACAUGUUGCGAGUUAAAAAUAAUAUUGUCCAUCCACGAUAAAACAACAAUUAAGAUAAUUACUUGUAAUGUUUAAGCGUAAGAAAUUGUGCUAUUGUAAGCAUACAGUGUUUUCCAUUAAAAGUCCAGUAUUUUCUACAGACUAAAUAAAUGGGGAAAUAUUACGCUAAGAAAUUAAGGCACUCGUGUCACUCUCUUGUGCUUAUUACAGUUGCCAAUGGUAUUUGGGUUAACGACAUUUGAGCAUUAAUGAAAACUCACGAGACCACCAUUGGCAACCUAAAGCAUUAUCACGUGGAAUGACAGCCAUGAAGGGUGCGUUUAAUUGAAAAUUUUGUUAAUUUAUCGCAACUCAGGCAAAACAGCCAAUUGAUGUUAUCGUUGUAAUUUAAAAAAAAAUGUGAAACCGAUUAAAAUUAAUCAGAGGAAUAAAUCAAUUUCAAAGUGGAA